AUGAUCGAACCUACUGCUACCAUAUCGCCUCUGGGUCGUUCAGACGGUUCCGCCAUCUACACCUGUCCAGCUACCGGUUUCCAAAUCCUAGGGUCUGUGAACGGCCCAAUCGAGCUUCCUGCUCGUCGCGAUGCACAGAAACCCGAAGAGGCAACAAUUGAGGUGCUAGUGAAGCCUGCCACCGCCCAGAGUGCCGUUGGGGAAAGAUAUGUGGAAAAUAUAUUGAAAACUUUACUAGGCAAAGUCAUACUCGGAAGAGAAAAGGGCUUUGCAAGGCGGGGCAUCGUUAUUACUCUCCUUAUUCAAGGUAGUUCCAGUGAUGGAAAAAUAGAGAGAGGAGACUCGUACUUGCCCACACUACCUGCGCUCCUUCACGCCGCUCUUCUUGCUCUGCUCUCCGCCGCCAUACCAUUGUCAAUGACAUAUACAGCCACGAUCUUGGCCGUCGAUUCGUCAAAUAAAAUCAUUCGCGAACCCUCUCUUGAUGACUGCGCAAAAGCAAAUUCACAGCAUGUCCUCGCAUUCUCGUCAAAAGGCCACCUCCUUCUAAGCGAAAGCGAAGGAUCUUUCGACUUUGAUACUUGGGAUCGGGUUUAUGAGCAAGCCCUUGCAACUUGUCGGCAGUCGAAAGUCACGGGUCAAGACGGUGAUAUCUCAAUGGACGCGAAACAUACACUAGAAAACUUUGUCAGGGAAACAGUUGAACACAAGAUCGCCUCGGAUUACUCAUGGUCCGACACUGCGGCUUGA